CAGUGUUGCCGCUGCGCUGCCGCUUCUUUGCCGCUGAUCUGCCGCUUCUUUGCCGCGGGUCUAAAUUCGCGGUGACUGUUCCGUUAUGGCGCCUCUCUCCGUUACGACGGAGCUUGCUGCUUUAACUUCUACAGUUAAACAGGAUAACGGGGUUUUUAGUCCAAAGAGGCAGUCAGACUCUUUCACCGUGACCCCGUUUCGCAAAUCUCUUGUUGCGGUGCGCGCGAUCGAAGACAAUUGAAAGCAAUCAGGCUCCAGUGUCUGUCUGUCUGUCUGUCUGUGUGUGUGUCUGUCUGUGUGCAGAGCCCAGCAGGCUCAACACCAGCGUUCAUUUAAACUAAAUAUAACCCGCCGUCUGCUGCCUGGACUUGUCUCAUGCAUUUGUCACAGUCGCCAUAACUGCAUGUUAUAGUAACCGGAGAGCUGUAGUGUGGGAAAGUGCUCACUUAUUUAUGCCAUGAAUGUUUGUGAAUGAGUGUGUGCAGGCUGCAUAGUGUUUAAAUGUCUAACGUCUCUGUGUUUGUCUGCAGCUGUGUUUAGGUGCUCUCUCCCAGCCCCUCUCUGGAUGCAUCGGACUCCCCUGCCCCGGGGCCCUGGACCCGGUGUGUGACACCGCCUCCUUCGCCCCGUCCUUCCUCUCGGGACUCUCCUUCUGCCCCCAACGCCCUUCCACCUGUCCACUUCGGGGUUCAGACCCUCGGCCCCCUGCCUCUCGACCAGCUGGAAGAGGCAGGGGGCCAUGGCGCCAUGGUGACCUCCGGCCGACGCAGCCCCCUCGCCAUGAGCAGCGAGGGCAGGGUUCAGGGGUCGAACUGUACCCCGCAUCACUACAAGCUUUUCAGCUCACAUGCACACUACCAGCAGGUGAUGCACGCACUGCAUAAACUCCAGGAGAGUGGCUUUUACUGGGGGGCAGUGGGCGGCAGGGAGGCCAGCUCCCUGCUACGCUCCGAACCUCCCGGCACCUUCUUGAUCCGGGACUCCUCUGAUCAUCACCAUUUCUUCACCCUUUCUGUCCAGACUGCCCGUGGAACAAAGAACCUGCGCAUUCACAGCGAAGGAGGCGGCUUCUUCUUGCAGCCAGACCCCCAGAGCACAUACAUGCCCCCGCGGUUUGAUUGCGUGCUGAAACUCAUCACGCAUUACAUGGGGAAAGGACCAGAGGCCGUAAGGAGCAGAGAAGGAGAGUGCGGGUCCAAAAAUGUCGGGGCAGAAACAAAAGUGCACCACGUCUAUCUGAUCCACACUGGGGGGGAAAGGAUCCCCUUAGAGUUGCGCAGACCCCUCUCCACUUCUCUGUCCACACUGCAGCACCUGUGUAGGAGGACCUUGAACAGCAGAGGCUUCGGGGGGUCGGCGCAUGCAGAGCAGCUUCCGCGCACGCUUCAAGGCUUCCUGGAGGAGUAUGAUGCGCCCAUAUGACUGACAGGAACUGCAAAGGUUCCACUACAUUAACCAGGUUACUGAAGGACGGGACGGUCAGACCAGUUCUCAGCGCAUGUGUGAACAUGUGCACCAAAGGUGACUGACCAGAGUUCGCCUCAGAUCACAGUGAAGGAAACCAUCCACCGACGUUCUCCCAUGACGGGCUGGGAUGAGCAUCAUUCCGGUAACCGCGGAUACCUCGUCCGUCCUACCUUGCAAAAACUGACAGCUAGCCGAGUGGCAGAUGAAGCCAGAGUUGGUCAAAGGUGAAACUCGUAGUAUGACCGCGACGCAGAGCGGAGCCUCUUAGAAGAUUGAUGUGAUUGGUAUAUGCUAACGAUGACAGCAGCGGCGUGAUCGAUGGACCGCCUGCCUUUGGGUUUCACUCCCCUGUCGGCCUUGGCAUUUACGACACCUCGAACGCCGGACAGAGAGAAAGACGGUGAAGUCCAGAAAGGCUGAGAGGGAGCGUAAAUGGGAGGAGAUGCGGAGUGAAAAAAAGAAAGAAAGAAGCAAUUCCAACUGAGGGGCCCAAAGCAGAGCGCGCGCUUGUUUGCCUGAGUGUGUGUGUGUUUUGUAGUGAUUCCCACAUUUCCAUUUCUGCUUCCCGCAAGUGUUGCCUCAUAGGGAGCGAGAAGAGCGGACAUGCACGUUGGGUGUGCACAUAUACACAAGGGUAAAGGCGCACAUGGAGGUAUUGUUAGCGUGGGAACAAAGACAAAGAAAAAGCUGCUUUACAAAACAUUGUUUCCCUUUCUUGCCUAGUUCCGCUUGCCGCUUUUAGUUCAGAGUCCGUGCGCGCUUUGGCAGCAACAGACAACAGGCCGGUCUUACCGAGACAAAAGCCUCAGCAUAAGACCAAACAAAAGCAAACUUUUUUUGUCCAGACUGACUGGAUGUCAGCUUCUCCGUAAGGCUCCAUGGGACACGUCGAUGGGGGAUCCCGGCACGCUUGGUGGGGGGUUGGAACUGGAGACAACAGGGACUGGAUGGAGGAGGCAGGAGAGUGGGAAAUGGGAUCAGGCGAAGGGAAUCUGAGAGGACAGAGUGCUGGGGUAAGAGCGAAGGGGGAGGGAACAUACUGGUAUAUAGCUAAACUAAAACGUGAUUGAUGUCCCAGACUUGGAGGGAACAUUUACCGGAUUCCGCUCCUGUAAAAUGUAAAACCAGGAUCUCAAAGAAGCUCUUUGUUUAGGAUGAAAGUGCAGGUCAAGUCUUAAUUCUGUCUUAAAUCCUUUCGAAAUGACUUUUUUCUUUCUUACUUGUGUGAAGUCGUCGUGGCGUGUUUGUAUGUGUGUGAGCUGCUCUGGCCCCUCUAGUUCCUUCAUACCGCGAUAACUUAAGGAGGAAAUGAACUGUGACGUGGACUUCAUAGUCCUUCUGAGUGCACAAAGGCUUCUCACCCUAUCACCUUCCAUCAUUACCCCUAAAACAGGAUUGGACAGUUGGGUUUGUCUGUCUGAAUGUCAAGGGAACAAAACAAGUCUUCCUGAUGAAAUUCUUAAAACAAAAAGCCUUUUGUAAAACAGUGCAAGACUUGGAUUUGAUCAAAACAAGUUUGUGUGUGUGUGUGUGUGUGUGUGUGUGUUUGUGCCUGUGUAUAUUUGUGCCUGUGUAUAUACCAGAGAUAUUACUUACAAUACGUGAUAGGGCUGCAACAACUAAUCAAGUCAAGAUUAUUAACAAUUAAGUAUUUUAACUCAUUUUGAUAAAAUUAACAGUUUUCCUUCAUAUUAGCAUGGGGCAGGAAGUUUGAAGUUGACUUCUAACUUGAUCGUUGACUGAUCAUAACCAAAAUCAGAUCACUUCGUCCCGUUCGUAGCCCCAAUAUACCUACCACUUUUUAUCAAGAUCAGUUAAGGUGUAUUUAGCAUAUCUUCCUAACAAACAUACAUGCAUAGUUACAGAGAUAAAGGUGAUCACAAGGACAUGCACCUUGGGCGGUGCCGCUACAAAAAAAAACACAUUAUGCACUAAAAACACAUUAGCGGUUGGGUGGGUAUACUUUUAAACAGGUUGUGUUCAUAAUGGGAAGCAGUCGAAAUGUUAUGGCAGUAUUGUGCAAAAAUUUCAGGCACAUAGAAUAUGCUCAAAAUUGGAUAAAUGACACCCCCCCCCCCCCCCCGCCCACACACACACACACACACACACACACACACACAAACAAAAAAGGGUAAAUACUACUCAUAAAUAAGUCAAAUGUUUGCAUUUCACAUUCUUAAAUGCACAAUUUUUUAUAUGUCUCAUGUAAUUUAUAGUAUUUUUUUUUAUUAUGUUUUUUUUGUGAUUUGUUACUGCUUACUGGAGACUGUCUUUAUGUUCUCAUGUGCCAGGCCGUACAGUAAGUGAAAAGAGUGUGUGUGUCUGUGUGUGUCAGUGGUAUUGAUAUGUGUAAUGAAAUGGAAAGAAAAACAACUCUGUGUGCGCUGGGAAUGUAGGGACAUUUUACAUCAGAUUUCUUGCUGUUGCUGUUGACACAUAAAGAAAAAAGUAAACAGUAUUUUUUAUCAAAAAUCUAAAAUUUUGCACAGUACUGUGUAUGGAAUGACCACAACAUACAUAUAAAUUUGAAUAUUUCUUUGUUUUUGGAAUAGAUAACUAUAUGAAUUUAAGAUAGUAUUUUUGAUUACAUUUUGAUAAAUUGAUGAAUUAAAAAAAUCAACUGAUUGUUAUACAAAUAGUCAUUUGUUGCAGCCAUAGUAAGUUGGAUUGUAAGAUUUUCACCUCAGAACAAUUUCAUGGUCUUUCCUUUGCUACAGAUGAUACAGUUUUUGGUCAAAUCCUUGUCUUAUUUGUGGCACGACAACACCAAGUUUACAUGUGUCACAUCGAUGCACCACAUGUAUGUGAAUCAUUUGUCUUUUGUAAAGACUCUGGCAAAAAUGCUGGCCACUAGUCUGGCGAAAACAAGCUGUAAUAACCUGAAAUGAAAAGCAUUACAAAAAAAGAAGAAAUAAAUGAAAGGAACAUUGCACAUAUUUAUAUUUCUAAAAUAUUUCAAUAAUUUAUAUUAAAGAGCACUAUUUUUACAAAAGUCAA